ACAGUGCGCGAUCCAGAGGAGGCGGGAGAAAACACCUGUUACGGAAGAAUCAAUUCGACAAAGCAGCCUCCACGUCUUCAACAGAGAAACACCCUUGUAUCCCAGCUGGUGAAGCCCAGUGGGAUAAUGUGGGUUCUGGACAAGAUCCGUGGGUCAGUAGAGACCACUGUUCUCCGGCGGGGGGAGAAUGGGGUCAAGGACAGCAAUACUCCAGUCUACAGCAACGUCCUCACCCCUGAUAAGAUCCCUGACUUUUUCAUUCCCCCCAAGCUGGUCUGCUGCCCCCCAGAGCCUGAGACCCUGGACGUCGUCAAGCCGAAGGAGGGGCUGCGGCCCUCGGCCUCUGAGCAGACCAUUGGCAGUAAGAAAAUCAGCAGCCCCCGCAGCCCGCGUCUGGUUGCCAAGCUAGCUGGGGACACCAAGAACCUGUUGAGGGCCGCCAACCGUCACAUUAUCCAGAUAGAGAGCGCUGAUGACAUGGUGGCAGGGGACACCAACGCUGACCCUCAGUCUCAGACCGCUAUGUCACUGCCCUACGUCCCCAAGACCCAGACUUCCUAUGGUUUUGCCACUCUGAUGGAGAGCCCCCACACCCGCCGCAAGGAGUCCCUUUUCCACUGUGACCAGACCAGCCCCCUGACCUCUCCCAACUCCCAGAGGAAGGGGAAGAGCAGCGUCAGCGAAUGCAACCACCUCAACCCCCCUGACUUCAACGCCUCUCACAACCCAUACCGCUACUUUAGUGGAGGGGAGAGUGAUACCUGUUCCUCAGCUGAGUCCUCUCCCUUCAACUCCCCACUUCUCUCCCGCUCUGCCUCGCUGCUCAAAGUCUUCACCCACGAGACACAGGCAAAGGUGGUGAAAGCCAAGAGGACGUUUGCCCGCCACAGCUCCUUGUCCACAGACGAGUGCAGCUCAACCGAGCCCAGUCCCAAUGUGCUGCGGCGGCUCCACUCUUCUUCACUCCAUGGCGGUGGGCCGUCGGACCGGGAGCACACCGUCAACCUACACAAGGGCGGCAGGGUGAGGCUCAGCGCCGACUACGAUGCUGGCACGGCCCGCCUGCGCAUUCGCAUUCUGGCUGCCGAAGAGCUCUACGACAAGAUGUACGACAUUAAGAGCAUCAACUGCUGCGUGUCACUGUACCUCAAUCCUGGAAAGCUGCAGAAACAGCGGAGCACUAUCAUCAAGAACAGCCGAAAUCCUGUGUUCAACGAGGACUUCUUCUUUGACUCUGUGACCUCAGUGCAGGUGAAGAACCUAGCAGUGAAGAUCAAGGUGGUGAAUAAGGGCACCAGCCUGAAGAGAGACACUCUGCUGGGGGAGAGAGAGAUCCCUCUGGGGAAGCUGCUCCAUGGCCUCUAGGUCUGUCCUGACGAUGCAGAAUAGUACUCUGACUAACACAGAAUGAGACUAUGAAUGAUAAUGUGCGUGAAAAAAGAUAUAUAACUGGGGUUAGAUGUUUGCUUGGUCUUCCCUGUAUUCACAUAGAACUGUCUGAAAGGAAGUCAAUGUCUGGUCUGGUCUAGCAGUUUGUCUCUUAGCUGGUCACCUCCUCAACCUUCUAUUCUCUGAACCUAAAGCCCUGCACAGCCCAACUUGUAAAUCAUGUGGUGGACAAUCGAAUAUGGCACAGGUCAAAAAACACCUGCUCGUUUGAGGGACUCACUUUUUGGACUCUCUUGAUCUCGACGUUGAAUGUUGCAUGGUUGCAAUUACAUGUGGCUCAGACAAUACAGGAUGCGAGUCUCUAUGAUUCAGUUUUUCUUCACCACUACCAUGCUUUUAUGGAUCAGGGCGUCUUUGAUGUUGCCACUAUAACUUGAUGUGCAAAUUAUCCUUUGAUCCUGAUUGUUGUUGCGAUCCACAGUAGCCUACUACCGGAAGGAAGGCCAGUCUGUUAUGUGACCACAAUGUCCAAAACCUGGAGAAUAGAGAUCAGACGUCACCGUCUGCUUCCCUAGCGCUUGGCAUGAAUAUGUAAAUGCUGUGAUAUGUUAGCAGUUUGUACUUCAGUUUCACAACACCCACAAGCCUUACCAAGAGUGAUAGAUAGACAGAAAGAGAGAGUGACAGAGGGAGGGAGGGUGUAUGCAUUACAUUUUAAAGAGUGUGACAUUAUUCAAAGGUGUUGAACAUAAUUUUAUACAUAGAUGUUGUAUUUGUAUAAGACAUAUGCUUCAGUAUGAUGUGUACUGCAUGACCAAAAGUAUAUGGACACCUACUCGUCAAACAUCUCAUUCCAAAAUCAUGGGCAUUAAUAUGGAGUUGGUCCCCCCUUUGCUGCUAUAACAGCCUCCACUCUUCUGGUAAGACUUUCCACUAGAUGUUGGAACAUUCCUGCGGGGAUUUGCUUCCAUUUAGCCAUUAGUGAGAUUGGGCACUGAUGUUGGGCGAUUAGGCCUGGCUCGCAGUUGGCGUUCCAAUUCAUCCCAAAGCUGUUCGAUGGGGUGGAGGUCAGUGCUCUGUGCAGGCCAGUCAAGUUCUUCCACACUGAUCUCAACAAACCAUUUCUGUAUGGACCUCGCUUUGUGCAUGUGGGUAUUGUGAUGCUGAAACAGGAAAGGGCCUUCCCCAAACUGUUGCUGCAAACUUGGAAGCGCAGAAUCAUCUACAAUGUAAUUGUAUGCUGUAGCAUUACAAUUUCCUUUGACUGGAACUAAGGGGCCUAGCCCAAACAAUAAAAAACAGCCCCAGGCACUAUGCAUUGGAGUAGGUAGCGUUCACUGAAAAGUCACUGAGCUCUCAGUGAGCUCUCAUGCUACUGCCAAUGUUUGUCUAUGGAGAUUGCAUGGUGGUAUGCUUGAUUUUAUACACGUCAGCAACGGAUGUGGCUGAAAUAGCCGAAUCCACUAAUUUGAAGGGGUGUCCACAUACUUUUACAACAUUAUGACUUUGUAAAUUAUGUACUGCUGGAGAGUGAAUGAUUAGCAGCCCUCUGACCCUGAAAACCUUAUAAUUUGCUGACUUCAUUAUUAUGAUGGUGUUUUCCACUCCUGGCAGUGUAGACAAGCCACUAGGUCAGAGGACUGGUAAAGGAAAAACAUUUACAAUAAAAAAUAUUUACAAUAAACAUGAUUUGACAUGAAGGAUAGCCUUCUACUCUGCAUGUGCUCUGCUGUCCUUUAAAAUGAAUUACAAUACAUCUGAUCUGAUUGCAAUUUCAAGAAGGAGACAGAGGAAAGAAGCAGAGGUUGUUUCUGCAGAUGGUUAAAGGGUCACCACACACAUUCAUCUUUGAGAUAUGGAGUCAUUUAAUCAUGUCAAACAUGACUAUUUUACAGAAAAUAGCCAUUGUUUUUGUGAGUUACAUUCCCUGUCAUGUUUUAACCUAGACUAUACAAUAGAGCUCUCUACAAUACCAUUGCGUUUCUCCAUGCUUAUACUUUAUAUAACUUUGUUUGGCUCUAACUGUGAGGAUUUUGUUAUUGUGGAAAAUCUGUAAUCUGCUACGAUACUAUUAAAUGAUUCAUCUGUGUGUGCUCAAUGCUCAUGCUAUGCCUUCUGUACAUGGGUGUGUGCUCAAUGCUCAUGCUAUGCCUGCUGUACAUGGGUGUGUGCUCAAUGCUCAUGCUAUGCCUGCUGUACAUGGGUGUGUGCUCAAUGCUCAUGCUAUGCCUUCUGUACAUGGGUGUGUGCUCAAUGCUCAUGCUAUGCCUGCUGUACAUGGGUGUGUGCUCAAUGCUCAUGCUAUGCCUGCUGUACAUGGGUGUGUGCUCAAUGCUCAUGCUAUGCCUGCUGUACAUGGGUGUGUGCUCAAUGCUCAUGCUAUGCCUGCUGUACAUGGGUGUGUGCUCAAUGCUCAUGCUAUGCCUGCUGUACAUGGGUGUGUGCUCAAUGCUCAUGCUAUGCCUGCUGUACAUGGGUGUGUGCUCAAUGCUCAUGCUAUGCCUGCUGUACAUGGGUGUGUGCUCACUGAAUUCUAACCAAUCCCUUCUUUGGCUUACUAAAUCCCUUCUUUGGCAUGACUAAAAAGCUAAAAUAUUGUCAGUAGAUUUUAUAAUACUUCUUUGUAGUAGGCAGGGUCAAAAUGUAGCCUAAGUGCUUUUAUUAAUUAAAUCAAAAAGUGAGUAGUGUAUUUUGGGGAUUGCCAACUAUUUUUGUAAUUGAUUGUCUUUUCUUGUUUCUCAUCUACAGAUGUAGGAUUUUAAUUUGAGCCAGUUUUCUACAGCAGUAAAAUAAUCCUGUGGCAGCAGGAAAUGUGAAUUAUUAUGUGGAUUAUAAUUAAUGGACAUUGUUGUGGGGUUUGAUACAUUUUUCGUUAGGGCAAAUCAAGUCAAGUUUUCCAAGUGGAAAUUGCAAUCUUUAGAAUCCUUUUUAAAACUCAUACACGACAAGUUUGCAUUUCCUACUGUGCAGAAACAUUCUCAGCAACAAAAGAGUUAUCAAAUUAAGAUCUUACAUCUGUAUUUAAAAAAGACAGCCCAAUGUACAUUUGAACUAGGAAUAAUUCUCCUGAGAAAUGAAAACUGUGCUGAAAGCUAUCUCACUCAACAGGUUAGAUACGUAAUUAAAACAUGUAAAAAAGAUCAGCAAAAAUUUCAAAUGGAUUCAAUUAACUUUCUCCUCAUGACUGUGUUUUCAAUUAUGCUAUGAUUUGAAGUGCUUUAAAUACUGUAGGCCAGAUCUCCUUGCUGAUUAUCUUCUAUACCAACCACAGGGUUAAUUAUCCUGGUUGAAUACACUGUAAAUAUAUAUAUCUUGCUGCUUAUGAUGCCCAGGUGUGUUGUUUUGUGGGAUGCCAGUGGGAGGGCUUACUGGCUUACUGUCAGCUAAAUAAUGGAUAAAUAUAUGUUUUAUACAUGCAGUCAUGUAUCAAAUGAAUACAGUGAUUUUAGAUCUGAGCACCUGAUUUCUAACAGUGGAGGAAUACCCACUAUCCUCUAAGAUGUGUGUUUUUCUCUGUUUGUUAUGGGGAAGCCCAACACCUCUAUUGGGGGUGCAGAAAACCUGCAGAUGUAUAAUGUAUAUAGCCACUUUAAAUGGGUUUGCCAUCAUAGUAUGGACUUCCUUUUUAGAAUUAGACCUCUGCUUGAUGCAUUAGAUACACAGUUAGCCAAUUUGAUUGCCAACCUUGAUUUAAGUCUCUGAGGGAUUGCCAGAAUUAACUUUACAAUUAGCUAGCUGUUGGUGUUCGGAAAUCCUUCCUCGUUAUUCUGUGCUAAAUGGCUAUUUAAUUACACAAGCUAAAAAGGUCUGACUGUCAAUUUUUUAAAAUUAAACUCGGAAGACUGCUUAUGCGAAAUAAUGAAAGUGGGGAAGAUAUUUAUUUCAGUGAUCUAAUUUCUGCAGUGGAGAGGAGAUGUUUAAUAUGCUGAACUUGUUCUGUUUCUCAAGAAAAUGAAACAAGUGCCAAUCCGUCAUACUUGAUGCCAAAUUCAUUCAUUGUUAUCUCAAGGUGUUAGAUAAAUGAUGGAUGCUAGUUAGUUUCUAUCUACUGUAUUGUUAUUGUUGGUGUGAGUACUUAUGUAUUUUAUACUAUGAUGUCAUUAGUAAUGGACACCUGUGGGUUUUCCUGACUGUUCCUCAAACUGUGUUGAUAUAGGCCUAUGUAUGACUAUGAAAUGCCUUGAUUAAAAGCAAAUGUAUUGUA